CGCACGGAUCUGUAUGCAAGUAGUACCGCUACUGCACAUGUGUAAACAAGGAGCUCGGCAACUUCCUAGAAGAUUUAACAUUAUUACAGCUAGUGUGCUGGUGGCAGUAGUCACUUGUCAUAGUUGACAGCAGAUUUAUAAACAGGGGAACAGGCUCAAGGCUUUCAACGCACAUUGAUACAAAGAUGGCGGCCCCUCAGGAUGACAGCGACGAUGGCAUGGACGAGUUCAUGGAGAAAUUCAAGACAACCACAUAUAAAAAUGCCUUUAGUAAAGACAACUGGGAAGAGGAGUUUGAUAAAAUACCUAUGUUCAUGAAAAAAGCCCCUGAAGAGAUUGACUCACAAUCAUACCCGGAACUAGCCUGUCUGCAGGCCAUGAUCCAUGAUGAAGAUGCCCCCCCAGAAGAGCAAGCAGCUAACCUGAAAGAUGAGGGCAAUGAGUUUUUCAAGGAAAAGAACUACAAGAAGGCCAUACUGUCCUACACAGCAGGUUUAAAUAAGAAGUGUGGAGACCAGAACAUCAACACGGUCCUCCUCACCAACAGGGCGGCAGCACACUUCCAUCUGGGUAACAUGCGCUCUGCAUUGAACGAUGCUGCAGCUGCAAAGAAGAUCAAACCAGACCACCUAAAAGCCUUGAUCAGAGGUGCUCAGAGUUGUAUAGAGCUGCGUAGCUUUGCAGAGGGCGUUCAGUGGUGUGAUGAGGGGCUCAAGAUCCAUCCCACUGACAAGAAGCUGCAGGAGCUGAGAGCUACAGCAGAUAAACACAAGAGAGCAGCAGAGAGAGAUGCCAGGAAGGCUAAGAUCAGAGAGAAAAAGCUGCAUGGUGAGAAAGAAGCUCUUCUGGCUGCUAUUACGGAUCGUGGCAUCAAGCUCUUCCAGACCAGCAAGCCUCGUCAUCGUGAGUCAGACGGCGAGGAAGAAAGCUCCUCGGCAGCGUUGUCUCAGCUGAGCCUGGACUGCCUCAGCUCUCAGGAGGCCACGGGAGCUCGGGUGUUCCUGGACGAGCAGCACAUUCUGCACUGGCCUGUUCUCUUCCUCUAUCCCGAACACCAGCAGACUGAUUUCAUCUCUGCUUUCUGCGAGAACGACUGUUUCGUUAAUCAUCUGGCGCUCAUGUUUGGAGAAGAACUCCCACCUUGGGACGCAGACAGAAAAUACCAUCCACAGAAUCUGCAGCUGUACUUUGAAGAUGAGGUCAAGGACACUCUCUACCAAGUGAAACCGGAGACUUUACUUUUAAAGGUGUUGCAGCAUAAAAGGUUUUUCGUCAAGGCAGGCUCUCCCAGCUUCAUCGUAGUGGUGAAGGGCUCGCCAUUCUGGGAGCAGUUUUCAACAGGAAAGAAAAUACGAGGAUUGUAAAAUCAUUGGACUUUAAAUCUUGGGACUUUUAAAAACACAACAUUUUCAGUAAACUGACUUCUCCCCGUGGAGAAAAGACAAAAUGGAACAUGUGUAGGUCUCUUGUGGUCCAAAGCAGGAAACCAUCAUCAAUACAAAACAAAUGAAAUCGCUUA